AUGCGUCAGCUGAUCAACAUCCACAAUCAUCCUCCUCAAAUGCAGCGACGGAAGGCGGGCUAUUUCGAAAACGGACCACUUCCGCCGAUCCACUACCACACGACAAAAAGAGGAUCUCUUCAGCUGGAAAUGGAAGGCUAUCGAUUCACAAGAAUGAAAGUGCUGCAAACCACCAUUCACUGGUCUUGCUUGCAAACAAAGGCACUUCGCUGUAAGGCUCGAGCCGUAACCAAUAACGACCUGCAGGGUACUAUCCGAAGGUACGUCAACUAUCACAAUCAUCCGCCUAAUUGCUACACAUACGAAGAGCUGGAUGUGCACGCCAAACUGAGCAAGAGAGGCAAGGUUCAGCUGAUGAUCGACGGGUUUUCGUUUUCGCGUGAAAAGGUUCGUCCGCAUACCAUUCGAUGGAUUUGCAAUCAAGCAUGGAUUUUGAACUGCAAAGUUCGAGCUACCAGUGAAAAAAUGAGCGGAAAACUUAUAUCGGUCCGAGGAGCGCACAACCAUGGCGUUGUCAGCAGUCGACGAAAGUGGGGUCAAUUUCCGAAGGACGUGGCCUACAUAAUGACGAGCCGAGGAAUACAACUAACGGUCAACGGGUACAUAUUCUCUCGUCAAAAAGUCUCCACGCACUGCGAAAUGUGGCGCUGCAUGCUUUCGUACUCUCAUAGGUGUCCAGCCCGGGUAAGCACGUACAAACCACGAAACGGUCAGGGUGCUCGAAUUUCUCUCCGAAACCAGCACAACCAUCCGAUCGGCGCGACCAGUCGCAAGUAUAAGAAACCAGCAGUAAAUAAAUCACCCAAGUUGCCAAAAGCUCUCAGCGUAAAUAAACCAAAGACCUCCACAGAGCAGUAG